AUGACACUCCAAGAGCUGAUUCUCUCAGCCAGCUCAGCGACUGGGCUUCCACAAACCUCAGCUCGUACGACCUUCACCCCUUCCAUCCAGCUGCACGAUCUCGCCACCACAGCCCACGUUCAGGCCUUCAAGACUUCGAGUAACGAAAAGAACUGUCUCGCAUAUGUUCCCAGCCGCAACGGCCUGGGCGGCACCGUCUGGGCUGUGCAGGAGGGCAAAGCAAUCGUCGGAGUGUGGGCCUGGCAGAAGGACCAGCAACAUCUCAAGUGCCACUUGCCCGAGCGGCUGUCAUGUCUUAGCAUCUCACCUAACGGUGUCUGGGUCGCUGGCGGGUCCCCAAACGGUCAAGUGUACUUGUGGGAGAUUGCGUCGGGUUUGCUACUCGCGUCUUGGAGCGCGCACUAUCGCGCCGUGACGAGCGUCCAUUACAGUAGCGAUUCGGCGUACCUCGUCACUGCCUCCGCGGAUGGGUCGGUGCACAUCUUCCUUGUGUCCCAGCUCAUCGACACUGAGAGCUCGUCUUCACCGCACAGCAAGCCUCUUGGAAGCUUAGGUGAUCACACGCUCACCAUUACCGCGGUGGCGCUUGGCAAGACAGCCGGGGUAACUGGUGGGCGGUGUUGGACUGCGUCCGAGGAUGGUACAGUCAAGAUGUGGUCCUUCGCCGCGCCAUUCGACCUACUCGCGACUUUUGUCCUGCCCGCGUCUGCUGUCCCAACGACAUUGGCGGUUGACCCGGCAGAGCGCUUCCUCUACGCUGGUACCAGGGCAGGCGACGUCUACAUCAUCCCGCUGUACAAGCGAAAGGCGCAGAUGGGUAGGGUUGAGGCCGUUGGUGGAGAUGGUGCCGGUGCGCCCCCUGUCACCGUCGAGACCCCCUGUGUCCACGUUGACGCUGCGAUUACCUGUUUGAGCCUCUCCCUCAGCGCGACGCACUUGUUGGUGGGAACCUCUGCUGGCGACAUCCACGUCCAUUCGCUUCCUUCGCACCAGCAUAUCCGCACAAUCUCGGCGCAUCGCGGCGCAAUUUCCCACUUGUCGACCCUCCCCAGCCCUGCCGACCUUAUUGGCAAAUCUGUCCGCGCAGACGACUGGGCAGUAAUGGAUGUGCGGAAUCUGGAGCGCAUGCGCACCAAUCGAGGAGCCAAGGACGCCCAGGAUGCAGGGGUACUUCUGCGGCCAAACAACCGCACGAAUUUGCUCAAUACCGUACGCGCAGUGCCACUUCAGCCUCCCCCCCACGGCUCAGCAAGAUCCGCACCCUCCGGUCAGCAAGCCGACGUGGCAGCGCUCCAGGACGAGAUCCGCAGGCUCAAGGGAGCCCUUGAUAAAGCCGUCAAGAUCAACGACAGGAUGUGGAGCGGGGUAGUCGACCUGAAGAUGACACAGUAGUUCAUAGCUGUAUACUAUAUACAUCCCAUGACGGAUGAUGCCCUAUAUGCGCUGCAAGCAGUCUGCAGUUGACCUACUCGUCGUCUAUAUCGAUUUCCAUGUCCUCUC